AAAUGUGUAAUUGGCAGAAUACUGAACCCCAACCCCCCAAACCACCAUCGGGUGCCAGCAAAAGGCAAAAAAAGACGCUCUUCGCGGACCCCCACUAGUCACAGGGCGGAGUCGGUUUCUGCAGCCUCGACUUGUGAGCUGUCCAGUUGUAACCAGUCCAGUUUGGAUGUCCUGAACCAGAUGAUGCAGGAGGUGGAGCUGGAAUUGGAGGACCACGAGAGGCAGACAGGCCGGGAGGUGGACGCCAUGCCAAAAGCUCAGGGAUUGACGGGAUUCACCAUGUCUCUUGUUGGCUCCAUACGGCGGCUGGUGACCUAUCUGAAGGAGGGGGACCGGCAGUUGCACCAGGAAAUUGUGCAGCGUCAGCGCUUGCAGGAGGAGCUCGGUGAGCAGAGGCUGCUGAUUGAUGCGCUUACAGCUGAAAUUCUCUCCAUAAAAGAAAACUGCUCUAUGUCUCCGCUCAGUCAGCAGUCAGUGUCGGAUCAUUCACCGUCUCCCUCUGUGGAAGCACUAAAAGCUCCUCCUGCAUGUAAAUCGGAUCAGAGAAGAACCUCGGAGAGUUCCUUGUCUGCCCAAUCGCUGAGUAUGGUGACUGAGCUUGGUCUGCGAGAUGUGGAGGUAGAAAAGAACUUGGCAGCUUCCUCCAGAGACAAUCCUAUUGAUCAGAGCGCUGAUGUUCGCAGUCUGCUUGGUUUUCAGCCAGCCAUCUUGUUGUCUCCGCCCCGGCAGAGAACUCGGAAGGAGUACGAAGAGCAGAUUUUCAUUACAGAAUGCAGCUCUGAGGUCCUCUACAGGGACCGUGACAGAGCGCCCCCAAACAAAAGACAUUCCAGAGACCUGCAGCAGCUUCACUGACUCUUCUACCACGAAACCGAGAUGGGGAAUGCCCCCGGAUCAAGGAAGGAAAGGUCAAAGUUCAGCUUCUGUUACCCCCUCUCAGUCCUCCUACUCAUCUUCCAGGGAUCUGAUGGUUGACGAAUCAUACAAAGCAGCAGUCGGCGGCAGAUGACACCUCCCUGUGUAAUGACACCAUCGCAGCCCGGAUGGCUGAGCUGACCUUUCAGAAUAACGUAUUGAAAGCUCAGCUGAAACAGUUCGGCUGUAAUACGGCUUUAAGUUCGGGUCCUGUAAAGCCUGCCGUCCAGAACAGUGCCGGGACCAAGGGCGUCUCGCUGGUACAGACUCCCAUGACUCCCAUGACUUUAGAGCAGAGAAUUACAGAGCUAAACCGGCAGAGCGUUGAAGCGCGAAAUAAACUCCUAAACUUGAUUGAGCAGCAAAAACAAUGUGCCGUCGUCUCGCCAGCCAUUUCCCCCCCAUUACACCUCAGAAUGAGGACUCAGGAAAAAGAGAAUACAUUGAGGCUGUGAUUCCAAUGCCUCGUUUUACCGAUUCCUCCAUAGAAGAGACCCCAUCCCCAGACAGCAGGAGCAGCAGCGGUCGCAGGUCCAAUGCAUCUCGCCGGUCCGGAUCCUCAGUGAGCAGCGUGUACAAGGAAGUGAGAGGCGCGGGGAGUGCACCGUGGACAAAGGU